GGCUGAGGACUUCCCUGCGGCGCGGAGCUGGGCGGCGGCGCUGGCGCCUCGGGUUCGCCGUGGUACCCGCUGCGGGAAGGUGACCGAGGGGCUUCGGGCGGUACGGAGGCGGCGGGGAGCCGGCUUUGUGCGGCCGUUUGUGAGCGCGACCGUGUAACGCCGGGGGGUGCGGGCGCUCGGGCCCCCGCGGUCGGCCGUUCCGCCGGGAUGGGGGCGGCGGGUGUCGGCAUCGCGGUCCCUCCGCUCGGGUUUCCAGCGGUGCGAGCGGCCGCGGCAGCCGCCGGUGGCGUGCUGGGAGCUGGGCCGCGGCGGUUAGGACCGGUCGGCGCCGCUCGGGGCCCCGCGUGGCUCAGCGGCUUCCCGGGGCGGGACGGAGCGCCGGGCCCCGGGCUGGGGGCGUCGCGGGGGGCCCCGGGCGGCGGCUGUGGCGGGGAGAACCGCGCGCGGGUAGCGGGCGGCGCGGGGCUGCCGUCCUCGUGCGCUGCCGGCGGUCGGUCCCGCGGGCCGAGGCGCGUUGCUGCUAACGCGUAACUAGGAGGGCUCCCGAGCAGGGUGUUCUCCGCGGCUCGGCGAGCUUUCUUCAAGAGGCCAUCUUUCCCUUCUGACUCGGUAUACCCACAGCCAUGGAGGAUUACACGAAGAUAGAGAAGAUUGGGGAAGGUACCUAUGGUGUUGUGUAUAAAGGGCGCCACAAAACCACAGGCCAAGUGGUUGCAAUGAAGAAAAUACGUCUAGAAAGUGAGGAGGAAGGUGUUCCAAGUACUGCUAUCCGAGAAAUUUCUUUGUUAAAAGAGCUGCAUCAUCCCAAUAUAGUCUGUCUUCAGGAUGUUCUUAUGCAGGAUGCAAGGCUGUACCUCAUUUUUGAAUUCCUUUCCAUGGACCUCAAGAAAUACUUGGAUACUAUUCCAUCUGGCCAAUAUUUGGAUCGUUCGCGUGUUAAGAGUUACCUGUAUCAGAUCUUGCAAGGUAUUGUCUUCUGCCAUUCAAGACGAGUUCUGCACAGAGACUUAAAACCUCAGAAUCUUCUAAUAGAUGACAAAGGGGUGAUUAAACUGGCAGAUUUUGGAUUGGCUCGAGCCUUUGGAAUCCCAGUGCGGGUAUACACUCAUGAAGUAGUGACACUGUGGUACAGGUCUCCAGAGGUACUGCUAGGAUCUGCUCGUUAUUCCACUCCUGUAGACAUAUGGAGCAUAGGUACCAUAUUUGCAGAGUUAGCAACUAAAAAGCCACUUUUCCACGGGGACUCAGAGAUUGACCAGCUCUUCAGAAUCUUCAGAGCUUUAGGGACACCCAACAAUGAUGUGUGGCCUGAUGUGGAAUCCUUGCAAGACUAUAAAAACACUUUCCCAAAAUGGAAACCUGGCAGCCUGGGAACGCAUGUCCAAAACUUAGAUGAGGAUGGACUCGAUCUGUUGUCUAAAAUGUUAAUUUAUGAUCCUGCAAAAAGAAUUUCUGGCAAAAUGGCCUUGAACCACCCAUACUUCGAUGACUUGGACAAAUCUACUCUUCCUGCUAAUCUGAUUAAGAAAUUCUAAAACUUUGGACUAAAUCAGAGUGAAAUAAUCACAAUUUUACUAUUUUUUGUCUUUAUCUUUGCCUGCCUGCCUGCCUUAAAAUUGUGGCUUUUUAGUUUGUUUUGAUUUGUGUUACCUAAAUGUAAAUAUUAACUGACUAAUGCGGUCAACUUUCUAUAAAUAAAACUUUAAAUUUA